GUUUCCAAGGCAUUAGUUGCAACAAUAUGGCGGCUGACAAGUGAUAUUAUUUUCGUUUGGCUCUGUGUAAAAGCUGUCGACCUGUCUUAAAUUCUUUUGAUUUACCUAUAUAACAUUUUUUAAAAUGCCACCAAAAAAGAAGAAGAGUGGAAAGAAAGGAAAGAAAAGUGCUAAGAAAUCAGGACGUGGAUCUGCUAAGCCACCAGGAGAGCAAUUAAAUGAACUUUCAAAGGAAUAUUAUCUAAUUCAAAUAAGAGAUUUGGAAAACAGACUUGUCCGGUACCAGAAAAAAUGUGAUGAGUUAGAAGUUCAGAAAGGAGCUUUUGAGUCACAAAAGGACUAUGAGAUCAAGAAUAAAGAACAGAUUAUUCUCUGGCUAGAAGGAAAACUGAAUAGAAGUGAGGAUGAAUGUAAUGAUUUGAAGGACCAGCUGAUUGGUUUGGAGCAAACAUUGGAAUCAGAGAAAGAACGCUUGAAUGCUCAGAUCCAUCAGCUUAGAACAGAAUAUCAGGAGAAAAAUGACAAACUUUCAGCAGAAUUAACACUAACUACUGGGAAGUUGAAUGCAUUGGAAGAAUUUCGAGUACAACAAGAUGAACUCAACAAGAAGUUUGCAGAGCUUGAAGCAAAGCUUAAUCAAAAAGAUCUUGACCAUGACAAAGAAAUCUAUGACUUGGAAAGAAAGGCAGUGAUAGAAAAAGAUAGAUUGAAAAAGGAAAUGGUGAACCGAGUUAAUAAUGUGGCAGCAGAAUUCAGAAAAGUAUCCAAUAAACAGAUGGCAGAGACAACAAAAAGAACCAUUAGAGAAAAUGUUUCCAUCCAAGCUCAGCUACAGAAAAUGUCAGAUAAAACAAUGGAACUUAUCAAAGAGAAUGAUGAACAGAAAGCUGUAGCCAAAAAAUACAAACAACAGAUAGAAAUGUUGGAAACAAAUGAGAAGGAAUUAAUUAAGAAAAAUCACAGUAACCAAAAAUUGAUAAGAAUGCUGACAGAGAAAUGUUUUAACCAAGAGAACCUUAUUGGAGAAUUAGAAUCUGUUCAAACACAAAACCAACAUCUCAGUGCUGAAUUAGAUCUUACAUCACAACAAGUGGAAUCUCAAAGGGAUGAAAUUCAGGAAAUGGCAAAAGAAAAUGAAUUACUAGAAGAAGAUGUAAAGAAAGUUAAAGAUGAUCACCUUACAGAACAAAAGAACAAGUUUAAGCUGGAAAAACUCAUUAAUGAUGUGGCAACAUCUUUAAAAAUAGCUCUCAGGAAAACUUCACCGGAUGAGGAACCAGAAGGAGAUGGCGAAUUAAAUGAAAUAGAAAGAAGAGAUAAUAUGUUAGAAAACUUACUCAUAUUACUCAAUAGUGCUGCUGCUAUUGGAGUGGGGCCUCAACUUGGAGAACUGGGUAAACAGUACAAGAUACGACAGAGAAGUGCCAGUAAAAUGCCUGGAAGUGAAGGUGGCAUUAAGAGAGGUAGUACUACUGGAAGUCUGAGACAAUUGCCAAUGUCACCAGUGGCACUACAUCCAGGUGGCACUUUACCACACUAUCAGCUAGGAGAUUUAGGACUCAUACCACGUCCUAAACAGCAUAUACCUACAAGUUUUGAACAAAUGAGAGUAUUAUCUGCUACAACUAGACUUGGGAAUCUUAAGAAAGUUCUCACCAGAUCUGUAGCAAUACAAACAGUCAGUGCUCCUAAAGCUCUGUUCUAUGCAGAUCAGCUGCUUGCUAGAGUGCCAGUUGCUACCCAGAAUGCAAUGUUACAUGAAGGUUCAAUAGAGAGGAUCACACCACCAGUGGUCGCCCCGUUAGGACCAAUCAGGACUUCUAGUAAAAUGACAAGUAAAGUGUUCUAAGUUGAUGAGCACUUUCAACAUAUCACUCCGUCCAUUAUGUGUACAAUCACUGCAUGAUUGUUAUUUCUUUUGUUUAAAAUGGUUUCAAGAGAUACAAGUAGAAAAAAGCCAAACUCAUAGCGACAGAAAGAAACUAGUAACUUGUCAUUAAAGAAGAAUGCUUCCUCUCAUGUGAAAUGUAUCAUGCUAAAAAGUAGAUUAUUCACUGAGUUUUGACAUUUUACAAUGUUUCAUGGAGCUACCUUACAAUUUUAAACCAUUAAACAUUUGUUUUUAAGGCACUGUAGUUUCUGCUAAGGAUUACCCUCAUGAAGAGAAUUUUGAUGCCUAACACCAUAAAAAGCAAAAAUAGAUUUUACCUUAAGUUGUUUUAUGUUAUUUUCUUGUAUCCUAAAAGAUGCAGGGCCGAGGAAACUAGACAGUUGUAUUUAUAUAGCAAGAGGUUGUCCAUAUAUUUACAGUAUAAAUAAUAAAGGGGAGUUAAUUCCUCAAAAGUGAUAAUUCUAUUUUUUUGUUAUAUAUUUGAAAGUUCUGUGAUACUAUAAACUUGUUAUGUCUGUUAAUAUGUAUUAUACGAGUGCAUUUAUCUUCUUUCUAUAUAGUGUUUUUAUAAAACUUUAAACAUCAUUUGAUUGUGCUAGUCAUGUAUGCUAAAUGUUAACACACAAUUGAGAAACCACUUGGCGUAAGUUUGGAAGUGUGUAUACUACAAAUUUGCUAAACUUGUAAGUUUUUAAUUGUUUUAUUUUAUUUAAAUCAAGAAAAACUAUUAUUGUUUACUUGUUUAUAUGCACACUGAAGAACAUUAUUGCUAAGGAAUUGAUUUGAAUGUAUAUUUCUUACUCCAUUAACCCUGAAUAAAUUAGAAAAUAAGAGGUAUCAUUUACCAGGCUUGACUCUUUCACUAGGUUUUCUCAAUUUAAGAAAAGUAUCUAAAUUAUUCAUAUUUUCUUUCUUUAUAGAAUUUUUUCUUUUAGUAUUGGAUGAUUGGUCUAUCAUACUUUUCUCUACAUUGUGUACAUGCUACCCCUUCUUCACUAUUUAAUUGACAAAGUUGACAAAGAAGUAUG